AUAGAUAGAUAUAUAAAUUAAUUAAAAACAAAUUGUUCGAUGGCUACAGCAGCUAACCUCAGUCCGAGAGCCUCCAGCUCAGAUGAAGACACAGCUAAGCCGCAGUUAAAAUACAUAGGCGUCGAUUUUGAUGAAACUGAGAAGCAUGUCGAGGUGACGCCCCCGAUGACGAGCUAUUAUUUUAUAGAUGAUGAAGAUUCCUCGGACGACCUGGAUGACGAAAGUAGUCUGCAUGAGUCUCUGCAGCCACUUUGGCAAUCCAAUUCGGCCAAGGAAAGUGAUUCAAACUCGGAGGAAAAGGCGAGUCUUGACAUUGACCACAUAAUGGGCUAUGACAAAAUUGACGACUAUGCCAAAAUUGAGGCACCCGAGCUAGUCCAAGAAGAUACAAUCGAGCAGAAAGUGAAAUUCUUAGCGAAUCUCACAGUGCCAUCAUUAUCGGAUAUAUCCGAGGAACAUGAGCUCGAUAAUACCAAAUCGAAGGUUAUAUCCGAUACACAAGGAAAAUUUGUAAAUCCGAUCGACGAGAAAAGCAACAGCACCAGCAGCGAGAAAAGCAACAGCGAAGGCGCCGAGUAUAAAACAAUUACGCCGGAGAGCACGAAAACUGAUUCGAUUUACCUUAUAAGCACUAGUUCAGCUGAUGAUAUGACCAUUAACUCCGACGGACUUGACUCGCUGGAUUUCAAGAUAUUCCAGCCGCCUGUGAGAAAGGAAACCAAUCUUACAUUCGAAAAAAGCUUAGUUCACGGUUUUCGAACUAAUUCCCUCAUAGCUCCUGAGCCAACUUAUAAAGAGGAAUGGAUGGAGCUGGCAAAAGGUUUCCUAACCGAAUUAAUUAAUCAAGUCGUCAACAAAGUGGAGACAGAAAUUGCAAACGAUCUUGCUUCCGACAAAUUUGAUAAGAAAAAGCUGAUGGAUGAGCUACUCCUUGAAUUUAAUAACUGUCUGGUUGAGCGGGAAUUCAAUCAUUUUUUAAAUGGUAAAAUGUAUGAAUAUUUUAAGCGCGGACAAAAUACGAGAACACUAUCAUCGCUCCCACCAAGAGAACACAGAAGAGAAUACCUGCGAUAUAUUGCCGCCCUCAAUUUGUUGGACCACAGGCUGAAAGUCGCUGCUGAGACCAAGAAGCGCACUGCCUUUCUAAUGUCCAGUGUAUCGAUGGACCUCUCAUAUAUACUUAACAUUGUCAUGGGCACCGAAGAGCAUUUCGAAGACCUUGUGACGAAAACCCUGACAACCAAUAGGUCUGACUACUUGAAGCAUGUCGUCGAGCGAGAGCUGCGGUACAUGAGUCAAAAACGUUACGAGAUCAGUGAUACACGCCUCUUUCUAAUCACCAGGAAGCACACAUUGGGUCGCAUGGCUGACAAAAUUAAAAAAUUGGAAACAAUUAAUGAAGACAUCUGCAUGGAUGACUUUAUUACCAUACAGAAUCAAGUAGUAGCAUUGACCAAAAAAAUGGAAGAACGUAACUCGGAUAUAAAGCGUAUGAGCCAAAUGCAUUAUAGCGAGUUGCAUCAGCUUCAGCAUAACCGUGAGAAGGCCAAGAUAUUGCGUUCAAAAUUUAAAAUCUAUGAAUCACUACUCUUGGACAAGCAGAUGGAAGAGGACUCGCUUCGCGGCACUCUCUGUGCAGUCAAAUUGGAGCGUAAUAAAAUACGUAAAGACUACUCAGACCUCAGUUAUCGAGGCGGACUAAUGGCAAUGCCAGCAUUAAUGUACGAUUUUGAUGAGACGGUAAACAAGAUAAAGAUAAAGAAGGCUAGCAUCGACGAGCUGAAAGAGUCCAUUAAGAAGAUAUCGCAACGUGUUGCAGAGUUUGAAGCCCGAUGCGCUUAAAAUAACUAAGUCGAACAAAAAAAAAAAAAAAA